UACGAGAUGAACGAUUCAUCUGUGGAUCGUUGUGACAUCAGCACGGUUCUCCAGCAGCAAGCCUAUUUGCUGUUUUAUGUCAGGAGCCCUGAUUUCAGGGGAGGAAGGCCUUCUUCCCCACGGAUAGCAUCACAUGCCCGCGCCUUCCUGAGGCAGUGGGCGGCCGGCAGCAAGCAGGUAGAUCCUGCGGGACCAUGGGGUCUUCUUCCUAGGACUAAGAACACGGCGGUGGGCAGGGAGGAUUCUCCAGAGGACACCAGCUCCUCUACAAGGACCAGCACCAGCCAGUUAAACUGGGCAGAUGCACGGGAGGCAUCUGCAGCCCGGCCAGGCGGGCGCAGCGUGGCCUCGUACACGUCCAGAACCCAACCUGGCUUCCCGUUCUGCCGUCAACUGUUUGACCUUGGGCUGCACGCCGCGCAACACGACGACGACGAGGAGGAGGAGGACGGAUUCAGCUCCUGUUCCUGCUGCCAGAGGAACGUGAUCAGGGAGAGGGCCUGGAGCAGCUUCCCGCAACGGGACAACGAUUUCCGCAGCUGGCUCACGGUCCCCACGGACUACAGCCUCUCAGCAAGGAGGAGGAGGAGUCCGAGUCGUGAAGAAGCCCUCAGGGAUGACUCACCUCCGUGGACCUCCAACGCCAGCUCCCGGUGGGCUCCCGCAUCCCGGGCUGCUCGGGAGCAAAGACUGCUGCGGGAAAGAACGCGGAGCCGAUCCCCGCGGCGGGGUUAUACUCUCCGCAGCCGCUUCGUGGAGUACGCGGACUGCCGUGGCUCAGCGAGGAGGAGGAGAACUAGUCCUCCGAGUCAUGAACAAACCCCCAGGGAUGACUCACCUGCUUGGACCUCCAACACCAGCUCCAAGCGGGUUCCCGCAUCCCGGGAUGCCGGGGAGCAAACUCAGCUGCGGGAAAGAACGCGGAGCCGAUCCCCGCGGCGGGGUUAUAAUCUCUGCAGCCGGUUCGUGGAGUACACGGACGACCAUCGCUCCGCGAGAGGAGGACGGAGAAGAAGCGUGAGAAGAAGUCCUCCACGUCGUGAGUGAGUCCCAAGGGACGAUGCGGCUCCAGGACCCUCCAGUGCCCGCUCCAAGCAGGCUCCGGCACCCAGGGUUGCUCAGGACCAAAUCCUGCCGAGGCAGAGGGAGCGAAGCAGAUCCCCACGGCGGGGUUACGAUCUCCGCAGCCGCUUCGUGGACACCGCAAACUACGACCCCUCAGCCGGGAGGAGGAGAAGGGCUUCCCGGAUGAGGCAGAAGCACAACAUCUAACUUCUGCAAUGCUGGAGAGGAGGAAGAGCGGGAAGAAGAAUCCAUGAAGUACCUAAGCAAGGACCAAGGAAAAGCUCAGAAAGAACUUCCAGACACUCGGAAAACUCUGCCAGCUGGCCCGCCUGCCCACAGGUCCCUGGAGGAAGAGCUUCUAUUUGUUUUCUGCUUUUGGGAUCACCUUGCAAAAACAACACUCGGUUGGAGCCAAGAGGCAGAAAAGACAAAGACAGAAUUAAAAACAUUUGUUGGCCUUGCA